AUGCCAAUGUAUGCCUGUCCUCACCUCGCUACGUGCGGCGAUCUCAAAUACAACAAGAAGGCGUGCAACAGUCAUUCUCGGCUCAGCGGGACUGCUGUAAAAAGACAUACGUUGAAUAGAAAAAUCCAUGGAAACUGUGGGCCCAAAUGUCCUGCAUACAAACUCAAUGUUCCCACCAACCUGCAAUACGCGAAAGGUCUCCGGAGACCCCAGGCUGCUUGUCAUUGGAAACGACUGAAAAAUCAUGGAUACUGCUGGGAACUCGAAUUGGGAUUAGGGCAAUCGCGUAUGGCCUCUUAG